CAUGUCCAAAUCGGACAAGCUUAGCCGAACGUGUCACCAACAUUGUUCUACGUCUUUCCACAACCACGACCGCUCUCCUCACCGAAAGAUGGAGCAGCUGAAAAUAAUAUGUUUCUAUCCGGCUGAAAAGCCUCAUACCAUGGUUAUUCCUAUCGGUACAGAUGCACUCGUCACAGAGCUGUUGGAGAAAAUCCACGGGAAGCUCAAAAAGCGGGACCCCAACUUCGAUGUGGCCGAGUGCGACCUCUCCCUCUACAAGACGGAUCUCCCAUUGGAGCCCUAUGAAGACCAGGAUGACCGUGCACGCCGAUGGAUCAUCAAUCACGCAGACCAGCAGCUCCGUGAAACCCAGAAAAUUGCAACCCUGUUCCCUCAGCCGUCUAGCGAUACAUUUCAUAUCGUGGUCGCCGAUCGCAAGGUCCGGCAUGAGCAUUCCGUACCAGCAAAGCGUGCGCUUUCUCCCUCCGGCGAAUUUAAUCGCAAAGUCACUGACAUAUGGAGGACCAAGCGUGCUAAAAUUGAAAUCCCUCGACUUGAGAACCUCUUGGGAUUCAUCAAACAGCCUCUUGCUGUCGAGGAAAAGAUCCAGCUUAACGCUGACAUAUAUCACAACCUCAUUUCGCAUCGCCCGCAUGACUUGUGUAUGGAGGAGGAUGUUCAGUCCCUAUUCCAGCUGUGCGAUGGGCCAGGCGAUGCGAAGGAUUUAAAUACCCAUGGUCUCGUUGCCGCUGUUUUGAAACCGCCACCUCGCGGCGGUACCGAGAAUGCCUUUAUCGGUUUCUGGGAUGCAAAUAUUCGUUCAGUCAUCGAGACCCUGAUUCCAUAUGGCACAAGCAUACGCAACAGUAAUCAACUCACGGAAACUCGAAAUCUUAGACCCGAUUUCGGUCACCUCAUAUCCGGUAAGUGUGUCUUCCGAGGCGAGGAGAUGGGCCCAAACAGCAUGGAGGACCCCAAGGAAGAACUCCGCAACAAGCUGCCAAAGUGGGUCUAUUCGCCUGCCCCUUAUGUACUGGGUUACUAUUGUAAUGCAUCUGUUAUGACCCUUGUCGUGAUUACACCACCACCUGUUGGCAAAUUGGGAAUGCCCAUCGUUCACGACUUGGUGACGGUUGACCUGAGCUUAACCAAGGGACGCAUCGACAAUAUACGGCAUCUCAUCAACCUUGCAAGCCUCCUUAAACCAUUAGCCGAUAUGAUCAGCUCAGCCGGUAGUGAAUAUGAACCCAUGGAACGGAGACAUUGUGCGGUCGAAAUAACAACGACGCUCAUCGUUAAAGUGUAUACAUCUCCAGAUGCAGAAUCGCGAGUCCAGCGCCUCCGGUCCACUUAUAACAAGCUACGAGAAAAGCAGGUCCCAAAUGUAGACCAACUUAUCUUCGCCAGAGGGAAUACUAUACAUUUGGGCCCACGCGGAAUUGCUACGGAGCCAGGAGGAGAGGGUGAACUGCGGAAAUGCCUCAAAUGUGUUUUGGAGGCGCUCAUGGUGACACAUCAGAUACCUUUGUUUCAUCGCGAUAUUCGGUGGAGUAAUAUCGUCCGUGCGGUCGAAGAUCAGUCGAAAUGGUUCAUCAUAGACUGGGAAGAUGCUGCUUACCCACCUACUCUCGCGCAAGAAGAUUUUACUCCUGAGAGCCAUUCACCAGCUAUUAAGCAUGAUGGACAUGGGGCGGAAGUUGAUAUCUGGGGUGUCGGGCAUUUGAUUACGAGCUGCCUGACGGGCGAUAUUUCCAUGGACCUGAAGGCGCUUGGGCGGAAAAUAUGUGAGGAUUCGGAGAGACUAACUGCGCGUAUGGUCCUUGACAUGAUUGAGGAAACUACGUA